AAACUGCGGUUUUCAGCAGUUUUCCGAAUAUGGAUUUUCCUUUAAUUUUCCUCAAAUUGUGCUGUACAGAAUGUAUAGUGUAAACAAACCUUGAAUUAAUUGUAAACGUCUGUGGAACGCAGUCAGCUGCUCACGUGUUAAACAAUGAAGCCCGAGACAAAUGGAAGUAAAAUGCCUUCAAUCCUAGUAACCGGCGGGGCGGGCUACGUGGGCUCCCACACUGUGCUCACCCUCUUAGAACGACAGGGCACCGACAUCGACAUCGUUGUAGUCGACAAUCUGUCCAAUGCGUACAGAGCCCAAGGCCAGAAGCAACCGGAGCCUAUCAGGAUAAUUGAGGAGCUUACAGACAAGACGAUUCAUUUCUAUGACGUGGAUAUCCGGGACAAAGACGGACUGAGCAAGAUAUUUGAACAUCAUGAUAUAGAAAGUGUAAUCCACUUCGCGGCGUUGAAGGCAGUUGGCGAGUCCGUGCAGAAGCCACUCGAGUACUACCAGGCUAACAUCACUGGCACAUGCACGCUGUUAGAGGUGAUGCGCAACUUCGGUGUAUACAAGCUGGUAUAUAGUUCUUCGUGCACCGUCUACGGCGAGCCGGAGAAUUUGCCUAUAAACGAAGGUCACCCAACGGGGCGUGGGCUGACCAGUCCUUACGGCAAGUCUAAAUACUUCUGUGAGGAGAUCAUGAAGGACGUCUGUCGCAGUGACCCGAAAUGGAUGAUCGUGUCGCUACGGUACUUCAACCCAGUGGGAGCCCACCGUAGCGGACGCAUCGGAGAAGAUCCCUCCGGUAUACCUAACAACCUGAUGCCGUAUAUAUCACAGGUUGCAGUAGGCCGCCUAAAAGAGCUGCAAGUGUUUGGCAACGACUACGCGACAGUGGACGGGACUGGCGUACGUGACUACAUCCACGUGCAGGACCUGGCUGAAGGUCACGUCAAGGCCGUCAAGCUGUUCCACCAGCCCGGCUUCGGCGGCUUCCACGCUGUCAAUUUGGGCACGGGCACAGGAUAUUCAGUCCUACAAAUGAUAGCAGCGUUCGAACAGGUGAGCGGUCGCCAGAUUCCAUACAAGAUAGUCGGCCGUCGCGAGGGGGACAUAGCUGAGAACUAUGCUGACGUCUCGCUCUCGCAACGGCUCCUCGGGUGGCGUGCGACAAGGACGCUCGAAGACAUGUGCGCCGAUACGUGGCGGUGGCAGCACAACAAUCCUAACGGGUUUAAGAAGUAACUUGGGGGUAUAGUUGUCUCUCUCUGACGUUUAGAGGUCGGUUUGGUGGGAGGGAGACGGUAGGGGUCGUUCUAAAAUUGCUUGUUACAGGAUUUCGAUUUAAAUGGUAAGCAGAGGAGAAUAAUCUUUGAUAGACAUGAAAAAAAACAUUGACAGUAAUUUUGGAUCGGUUCAUUAGUGUUGCUACAGUGCAUAAUAUUAAAUAAUAUGUAUUCCAAAGUAAAAUCCAGGGUUAAUGACGAAAAAUAUUUUCUUUAAACUUAAGUUAACGUAAAUCGUAAGUACAUUUAGGUAUUUAGUGCCAUUCCUAUUUAACAGACUUCAAAAGUUAUCGAAUAUUUAAUGUAUUAUUUGAAAAUUGCGGGAAUGUUCCUAUUGUGUUGCCAUAAUACUUAUUUUUAGUCAAAUAUUUAUUUUAUGAAAUAUAACGUAAACAGCCUAAAUACGUCCCAUUGCUGGGCACAGGCCUCCCUUCAAUCAACCGGAGGGGGUAUGGAGCAUACUCCAUCUCGCUGCUCUACUGCGGGUCGGUAGAGGUGUUUUUUUACGGCAUAAAUAGCCAGUAACACCGGCUUAACGUGCCCUCCGAAGCACGGAAUCAUCUUACUUUUACGGACAACCAGGUGAUUCAAGCCUGCAAUAUCCUUAUCAAACAAAGGAUAGUCUCACAAAGUGAUUUCGACAACGUCCCCAUCGGGAAUCGAACCUGGACCUCCAGAUCGUGAGCCACGGAGGCUGUUUAUGAAAUAUACCAAAGCAAUAACACCAUGUUGUACAAAGAUUUAUGCCAAAGCAUUUACCAGUGAAAUACAAAAGGAAUAUUAUUUAUUAUGUAAUAGUGUGAUGCUCCCUGGUCGGACAACUAUUCAUUCAAAACUUCUAAUUAUAUCAAUAAAAGUGCUAAUUCCUGUAGACACCAUCUAAUUUUAUUUUAAGUUAUAUCUGUCAUUUUCUUAUCCGCCGAAAAGGAAAGAAACGGGUAAUCGACAAGCAUAAAAUUUAUGGAACACACGUCAAUUUUAAGCACAAAUCUAAAACAAUUCUAGAAAAAAAUUACAUUGGCUAAUGAGCCGACAGAUAUACUUGACAGUACACGUCAAACGGUUUGCAUACCAGGGAGAUACCUUUUUGAUUGGCCCGGGUUAUUCAUUCCUUUACUCAUUCUUCCGAAAAUUAAGAGCUGUCAAUCAUCCGUCCCUUUCCUUUUUGGCGGAUAAGAAAAUGACAGGUAUAAGGUAAAGUAAAAUUAGGAGGUGUCUGCAGGAAUCGGGGCAAAAAUCUACAUAACUCUCUUGUUGGUGUAGCAUUCUCCAUGCUACUUUUUAGGGAAAAAUAGGGCAGUGGUUUCCCUCUUGCCUUCUGUCUCGUUGUACUGUUUGACGCGAGUGGGAUGACCACUUCCACGUGUACACUAAUACAAAAAAGAACAUCAAAGCAUUAAAAGAAAAUUAAUGUUAAAAAGAGGUCCGGUCAGGGAGUAUAAUUUUUAUUUUAUUUAUUUAUCAUACAUGUAAUGUUAUUUAAUUUUAGUAACAAAAAUAUUUAUUUUAUUUUAAAGAUUUUAUUUUCUUUGUUUAACAAAAUAAGUUAGAGUAGAAAAGAGGAUUUAAAAAUUUGCUUCUAUGCUGUUCUGGGAGCAAAUAAAAAACAUAGAAAACGUUCAGCUGCUUGUCUUCCCGGGCAUGUCGUAAAAACCGACAGAGGGAUUGUGUCCUCUAACAUGAUGGACUAAUGUUAUGGGCGAUAGGCUGAUCCCUUAUCACCAUAAGGUUCAUCAUAUCCAGCUUACGACAUCGUAUCAACAGUGGCUGCAAGUUGUCUUUGAUUACUUAUGGCUCUGCCCACCCCAUUAGGGAUUACGGGCGUGAGUUUAUGUAUGUAUGUAUGUAAAAAUUUGUGUUGGAAUUAUUACAGGACAUUUAUUGUGAUUAAUAGAAAAAUAUUUAUUUUCUUAAAAUUGUUAUACAUUCUAUUAUUGGCAUUUAUUUGUAACUAUCAUUCCUUGAAAUGCGACUAGGCAUUUUAAUGGGGAACUUUCUAGCUACGUUCACCAAAAACAAUAUAGAUGGCGUUGUACAGCUUUAACGCGACAAUUACUUAUUUUCUCAUUACUCGGGUACAUAAUUAUUCUAAAAUACAAUGUAAUGGCAGAAGGAUAUAUAAAAAUAAUUGUUACUUGAUAUUUGGAUCACCUUAUGUAUGUAGAAUUGUGUUGCUACCUUCAGAACCCCGAUACCGACCCCGCCGGCGACGAUUUCCCUCAUUCAGCGCUUAUCGCUAUCGACCCACUAGGGUCGAUUGAUCCUUUCAAAUAUUCUUCCUCUCAGACGACGCCCUGAGCCGAGGUUCGCGCCCAACUGGGCACCCUCAGGCCUGUUGUCUUAAACGUUAUACCGGGUGAGAGCCUUCAGCGCUCCCCAUUUGUCCGGCCAAGUAGUUAAUGCCAUCUGCGGCAAAUCUACAAUAAGUCGCGUAUUGCUUCUCUUUAUUUUGAUCAGUAAUAAAAAGGGUCAUCAUUUAUACUCAAAACCAUAGAUAAAAGAUGCAUGUCUGUUAUCUAUGAAAUUAAAAGGUUAAACGAGGGAAAAUGUGUACAGCGCCAUCUAUAUUGUUUUUGUGGAACGUAGCCUGGAAGGUCCCUCACUAUUUUAGCUAUUAACGUAAAAUAUUAUAUUUUUUUAAAUACAUUUUUUUUAUUUAUUUGUUUACGGCUCACCACCUAGCACUUUGGUCAGAAAGCUCAGUGCGGUGUGGGCACUUGGUUCAUCUUGCGAUGGAUGUGUCUGACUACCCCAAUUGGGAUAGUCGUGAGCCUGUUAUGUAUAUUUGGUGGUGCUCUUUCAUGCUAAAAUGUUUCUUGGACUUAUGGUUAUGUUACCAUGUAAAUAAAUUAUGCUCUAUAAA